CCGACAGAUGGCUGCAGGAAAAAUCUUCAUCAAACUGCUUACGCAACGGCUAAAACCACCGUAACAUGCAAAUAUGACAAGAAGAACAGGGAAAGUUAUUUCUGCAAAGACAACGGUUUUGACUGCACUGAGAUUUUCCCCGAAAGGUUUACACUGACGAAAAUCGAAGGAGGCCUCAAUGUGUCCAUCAGUGACGUGUCCUCACAGGAUAGUGGCGUCUACUGGUGUGGUGUGAAAUCAGCUGAUUACAAGCGUUCAAUCAGACRAAUACAGCUGGAGGUUCAAAAUAUUACAAGCGACACAAGAUCAGCAACCGUUGGAGAGACACUCACAUACAUGUGUGACUUCACCAAGAACAAUUUCAUCAAGAAAUUUGUUUGUAAGGGAGAAGAUCCAUCUCUGUGUGAACGUCUGGCGAGCGGCAAAAUAAGUACGAACGAGAGGUUUUCCCUUAAAGAAGACAACUCCAAGCUAAACAUCAGCUUCACAAUGACAGACCUCAGGACAGACGACUCUGGGACGUACUGGUGUGGAGCAGAAACCUCGGACAAAGCACGCAGUGACGUGUUCGUCCACAGACUUGUGAUGACUGUAGUUUCAGAACCUCGACUUAUAACAAUACCCCCCGUCCAUGAAACUACUAGAUCUUUAACUUCAGAGAAGACAACCACUGCACCUGAUAAGAAUCAGGAUGGCUUUCUGUUACCAGUGAUUGGUGCAAUUGUUGCAGUGAUGUGUGCGGCCGUGUUGGUGCUUCUUAUCAUUAUUUAUAGACGAUGUGAUGGUUCAAAAAACACAACUCAUGGAGGAGCACAGAACGAGGAUCACAACUAUGCAGAGAUAGAAGAGCGCCCCCAGAAGCCGGACUUAGGAACUGCCCCAAAAACAGUGUAUGUCACUGCCAACUUCCCCACAAAGGUUUCUGCCUCCCAUUACUUAAACGUCCUGUUUGAGAAAAGCCCUGUUGGAGUUAGUAGUGACACGUGUUCCACUGUAGGGGGCAGUGUCGAGGGUCCCACCUACUCUACUGUCAAUCAUCCUUCCAGCUUCACUGAAAAACCUCUUUAUUCUACCAUCAACUUCCACGUCAACCAACAGCAGCACUGAGGAACAAACUAGUCCUCACAGUUUCAGGCCUUUCAGUUGUAAGAGGCCUUAAAAAACACAAACCUAACUCAGACAUCAGAA